GGUGCGGUGCGGCGGGGCAGAGCGGGGCGGGGCGGGCGGCUGCUACGACCCGCCGCUCACUCCGCUCCACUCACUCGCCUCAGUAGCGAACUGGCAGCCGCACCGCCAACCGACGUGAGGCGAGCGUGACCACCGUGACACCGAGUGUGAACGAGCGUGACGAGUCGGCCGUCAUGUUGGCGUGCCUGCUCGUGCUGGCGCUCGCCGGGCUGGCGCAGGCCCAGCAGCAGCUGUACGAGGGGAGCGACUGCUUCAACCAGGUGGUGAAGAGGCCCGGCAUCUGCCGCCAGCUGACGCAGUGCCCCUGGGCAGAACAGGAGGUGCACAACCACAAGUACCCGCAGAUCUGCGGCUGGAGCAACACCCUGCCCAUCGUCUGCUGCCCCUCUGGCCACUCGGAGCCCAUCGACGAGCCUAGGCCCACCAGACCCACCUCUAGACCCACCUCUAGACCCACCUCUAGGCCCACCUCUAGGCCCACCUCCAGACCCACCUCCAGGCCGACCUCCAGGCCCAACGUGGGCCAGCGCGGAAGGGUCGCCAAGAAAAAGUGCGCCGACUACGCUAAGUACGUGUACCGCGAGGAGGAGUCGGUCGCGCUCAUCGCGCUGGCCGGCCCCGAGAAGAUCAACCAGUGCGCCAACCCCGGGGAGCCCUUCAUCGUGGGUGGCGAGGAAGCCAACCCCAAGGAGUUCCCGCACAUGGCCCUGAUAGGCUACGGCGAGAGGGACGACAUCAGCUACCAGUGCGGCGGCUCGCUCAUCGCCCCCGACUACGUGCUCACGGCGGCGCACUGCCUGGUCACCCCGGGCAACCUCAAGGCGCGCUGGGUGCUGCUGGGCGAGCUGGACCGCUCCACGGACGCCGAUGACGACGGGCCCCAGCUGCUGGAGGUGGACAAGCUCAUCCGGCACCCGGACUUCAAGCCCCCGCAGCACUACCACGACAUCGCGCUGCUGCGGCUCAAGAGGGCCGCCACCAUGACCGCGUACGUGCGGCCCGCCUGCCUGUUCACGGAGCGGGCCCCGCCCCCGGGAAAGGUCCCCGUCGCCACCGGCUGGGGCCACACGGAGUGGGCCGGCGACCCCAGUGACCGCAUGAUGAAGGUGCGGCUGCCCGUCCAGCCCUACCGGGUGUGCAACGAGUCCUACAGGGCCAACGUGGACCGCAAGCUGCCCCUCGGCAUCCUGGACGAAGGGCAGCUCUGCGCCGGUGACCUCAAGGGUGGCAAGGACACCUGUCAGGGCGACUCUGGCGGUCCGCUUCAGCUGUACACGACCGAGGACCCAUAUUACUGUAUGCACCACGUCAUUGGCGUCACGUCCUUUGGCAAGGCGUGCGGCUUCAAGAACUCGCCCGCCAUUUACACCAGAGUUUCGACCUACGUACCCUGGAUUGAGAGCAUCGUGUGGCCCAACGAGUGAGCAAGCGACACGAGUCCGACGUCCGUUUACUGCGAUUUUUAUAAUUAGAAUUUUAAAUUGUUAGAAGUGGUGGUGAUUGAUGAAAGACAGAUGUGAGCGUUUUGUGCAAUAUAGACCCAGUUAGGUUCUGUGUUCUGCUCUUAGGUUAAGUGAUAAGUCGUAUAGGGUGUUCGAAUGGAGCGCGUAGCGGUAGUAAGAAGAACAAAGACGGAAGGUGGAAAGGCGCCCGCGCCGUUCUCCUCUCCCGAAGUGAGGAUGCGCCCAGGGAGAAGUUAAGGGCUGGCGGGGAGGAGUGCGAGUGCGGGCGCCUUUUCCACCCUCCGUUUUUGUUCUUUUUCCUUCCACUCCACGCUCUAUUGGAAUAUCCUAUUGAUAAUACUUAUUCAAGUCAUAUUAGUGAUAAAAUUUAACAUUUUUUCGAAUUUCCUGUGAUAAGGCCGCCAUGCUUCAGGUAAUACUGACUGAUCUCCAUCUUCCACGCAAAAGGGGAAGCUCAUAAAAAGACUUGCACAACGUUCACACGCACUGGAUAAUUAAUGUUGCCUGCCUGUAUAGUGACCUGUAACCGAGUCAGUAAUAAAGUUUUACGAACUGAC